AUGGCUAGCAAAAGGAAAUCCACAACACCCUGCAUGAUACCAGUAAAAACACUGGUGCUUCAGGAGACGGAACAGGAUGCUGGAGAAGAUGAUCAUGAAGGAACACAACCAGAGGCUCCUGCAGAAGGACCAGCAGCGAGUGAUGCUGGGGCCAGCAACAGUAAUAAUGGAGCUUUGUCCAAUGGGCAUCGCGGCAUCGCCGACGGUGACACUUUUAUCUGCAAGCCUUGUGACUUCGGGUCUCAAGAUCUUCACCAGUUCUUUGGGCACUUGGACUCUGAGCACUCAGACUUUAGCAAAGACCCCGCGUUUGCGUGUGUUGGGUGCAGCUUCCUGGCCAACAGCCACGAAGGGCUCUCGCACCACAACGCCGAGUCGCACACCGGUGAGACCAGCUUUGUCUGGAGGCUGGUGAAGCAGGACGGUCGUACAACUGUGGAGCAAAGUCUCUGUGAGGCCACCAGCAGCCAUGACCUGCCGGGAGAGGUCCCUGAGGAAGGGGCAGAUGGCCAGUCUGAAAUUAUCAUUACCAAAACCCCUAUCAUGAAGAUAAUGAAGGGUAAACCUGAGGCCAAAAAAAUCCACACGCUGAAGGAGAACGUGACAAGUCAGUUGGGUGGAGAGUCAGAGGUGAAGGAUGGAGAGCAUUCAUUCCCAAAUGGGUCCGUGCCAGUCAGCCAGCCCACUGCAAGUUCAACAAAGUCAUCCCACAUAGUGAAUGGCUCCAUCAUAGGAAACGUGCCUGUUCUGCAGGCAGGUGUUGCACAGCUUGUGUCGCUGCAGCAGCAGCCCCCGUUGCAUCAGCAGCUCCCUACAUCCAAGUCCCUUCCCAAGGUGAUGAUCCCACUGAGCAGCAUUCCUACGUACAAUGCCGCCAUGGACUCCAACAGCUUCCUGAAAAACUCUUUCAACAAGUUCCCCUACCCCACCAAAGCUGAGCUCUGCUACUUGACCGUGGUGACCAAGUACCCAGAAGAGCAGCUGAAGAUCUGGUUCACUGCCCAGAGGCUGAAGCAGGGCAUCAGCUGGUCACCAGAGGAGAUCGAAGAUGCCAGGAAGAAGAUGUUCAACACUGUUAUUCAGUCUGUGCCACAACCCACCAUUACAGUGUUGAACACGCCCCUGGUUGCAAAUCCUGGGACUGUUCCCCAUCUUAUCCAGGCAACUUUACCAGGCCAUGUGGUGGGGCAGCCAGAGGGGACAGGUGGACUGCUGGUCACACAACCCAUCAUGGCAAACGGGUUGAAGGGCACCAGCUCCUCCUUCACCUUGGCAGUGACUUCUGUCCCCAAGCCGCAGCUGGCGGCGCAGCACAGCACCGUGAGCUCCAGCAACACAUCCGGGGUCAAGGUGGUCAACAGUGCCCAGUCCCUGCUCACCGCCUGCCCUGCCAUCUCCUCGCAGACCUUCCUGGAUCCCAAUGUCUACAAAAACAAGAAGUCCCACGAACAGCUCUCAGCUCUCAAAGGCAGCUUCUGCAGAAACCAGUUCCCUGGCCAGGCUGAAGUAGAGCGGCUGACAAAGAUCACGGGCUUGUCCACCAAGGAGAUCCGAAAAUGGUUCAGCGACAGGAGGUACCACUACAGGAACGUGAGAGGCGGCCGGGCUGUGUUCCCUGGAGACAGUGCUCUCGAUUCCCUGCCCGAAAUCACCUUUGACGUCCCACCCAGAGGAGCCGAGCUGAGCCCUGCAGCAGCAGCUGCCACGCCAUCCCCUCACCACCCACCACGGCGGCAGUCAUGGCACCAGGCACCCGACUUCACCCCAACCAAGUACAAGGAGCGAGCGCCGGAGCAGCUGAAGGCCCUGGAGAGCAGUUUUGCCCAAAAUCCCCUUCCUGCGGAGGAAGAGGUGAACCGCCUGAGGGGGGAAACGAAGAUGACACGGAGGGAGAUCGACAGUUGGUUCUCGGAGAGGAGAAAGAAGAAGGUGGCAGAGGAGAAUAAGAAAGUGGAGGAGGUGGCUCAACAGGAGGAGGAGGAGGCAGAGAAUGGCGGCGGGGAAGGGGAAGACUCCUCAGAUGAGCAAAGGGCCACGAGUGAAAACGGCUCAGUCGACGCCUCCGGCAUCAACCCGAACUCGGCGGAGCGGAAGGUGAGUCCCAUCAAAAUCAACCUGAAAAACCUGCGAGUGACCGAGUCCAACGGCAAAAACGAGGUACCGGGGACCGGCGCAAAUGAAAAGGGGGACGGCAGCUCCAGCCGGCCGCCCACCCCUCCCAAAACCAAACUGAACUUCAAAAAAACGGCCCAGCAGCGGCAUCUGCUGAAGCAAAUGUUCGUGCAGACCCAGCGCCCCACGAACCAGGAGUAUGACGCCAUCGUGUCCCAGACGGGCCUGCCGCGGGCCGAGGUCAUUCGCUGGUUCGGGGACAGCCGCUAUGGCUACAAGAACGGGCAGCUGAAGUGGUAUGAGAACUACCGGCGGGGGGUCUUCCCCCCGGGGCUGGUGGAGGUCGGCCCCGCCGGCCGGGAGGUGCUCGAGGACUACUACGAGAAGCACAAGGGGCUGCGGGAGGAGGACGUGCCCGGCCUCUGCGAGCGCGCCCGCCUCGGCGCCCAGCAGCUCAAGGUGUGGUUUGCGGUGAAGGCGGAGGAGGAGGGCAGGGGCUGCGGCCCCGAGGCGGCCGGGAGCCGGAAAGGGCCGUGCGAAGCCGGCGCGGAUGCGUCGGAGAGCAGCGAGGCGUGGGAGCCCGGCGGCCGGGAGGGCAGCGCCGGCACCCCCGACGCCCCCGGGCCACCGCCCGCCACAGGGCUGGGUAAGGCCCGUGCCUCGGCGUGGGAGGGUCGGGGUGGCACGGGGCACCGGGCCUCUCCUGCUUCGGAGAAAGGUUCGGUGAAGGGGUUCGUGUUUGAGGUUUAA